GAGCUGACAGGAGUGAAUGGAGCUGACUGGAGGUAUAGCAAGUAGCGCGGCCCUUUAAACUAGUACGCCAUAUUUGUCAUUGACCUCCUAGGUUACAUAAUUUCUGAUACAUGAAAAUUGAGCUGGACUGGGGUAAACAAAAUGAAUGACAAGGAGAACUUUUCUAUAGUUGAAUAUUUUGGAAAUGACAAGGGACACAAGUGUGGUUAUUGCAAAGGCUCCAAUUCAAACCUCAGCCAUGGCAUGUGGGCUCAUACAAUGAAUAUUCAAGAUUAUGAAAAUCUAAUUAACCGUGGUUGGAGAAGGAGUGGACAUUAUUGUUAUAAACCAAUGAUGAAAGAUACAUGCUGUCCACAGUAUACAAUUCGAUGCAAUGCAAAAGACUUUCAAAUGAAUCCCUCUCAUAAAAAAGUUUUGAAAAAAGUAAGAAAUUAUCUUUCUAAAGAAACAAAUUUCAACACCAAACCUGAAGAGUCUUCUAUAACUGACCACAAUGAUUGUGCAUCAGAAUCAUUAACAAUGAUAAGAUCCCAUGAGCAGCACCAUGCCUCACCACCAAACAAAAGUGAAGUCUUAAUUUUAUCAAAGCUCAAUAAAGAAAAGCCAGGUUCAACAACUAUAUUAAAAUGCAAUCCAAAGACUAUAGAAGAAUUUUUGGAUGAAAAUUAUCAUAAUUCUUCACAGAAGUUAAAAAUUAAAUUAGUAGAAUCAACUCCUACUGGGUUGAAGGACACACUAUUAAUUGAGUACAAAUUGUAUGUGAAGUAUCAAAUCCAUGUUCACCACGACAAAGAGGAGGAAUGUACUCUAGAGCAGUUUAAACGGUUCUUAGUGAAUUCUCCUUUACAGAAAUCACACUCAAAAAGUGGGUGUUCAACUGGAUAUGGCAGCUUUCAUCAGCAAUAUUGGAUUGACGGGGAGUUAGUUGCUGUUGGGGUUGUCGAUAUUUUACCCUCAUGCUUGUCAUCUGUUUACUUCUUUUAUGAUCCAGAUUACAACUUUCUAUCUUUGGGGACUUAUGCAUCAUUAAGGGAAAUAGCAUUUGUUCGCCAACUUGGUCAAGUUGACCCUAACUUCGUUUAUUAUUAUUUGGGUUUCUAUAUUCAUUCUUGUCCUAAAAUGUUCUAUAAGGGUCAGUACAAGCCAUCCUUCCUAUUGUGUCCGGAAACUUACACAUUUUUGCCAUUUGCUGAAGCUGUACUUAAACUUGACCGCAACAAGUAUUCUCGAUUGCUGGAAAAUGUGGACUCGUCUGAAGAAAAGAAUGUUCUAUCAAAAGUUGGGAUUGUUUACCGUCGCCAAGCGACAACCUUUGGUAUUUAUAGUUCUUUGAAGAGACUGGAUGAAGAUGAGGUGAAGGAAAUUGAACAGUACGCUGUGUUGGUCGGAAACAAAUCCGCAAGUCGAAUGCUCUUAUAUCGCUCUUAAGUUUUAUGGUACACAAAUAUGAAUAAGUGAUUCAUCAAAUAUAAAUAGAUUGAUAGUUUUGAAUAAUUUACUAACUAUUCAUAUGUAAUUGGUAAAAUAAAUGAGACAUUCAAAUCCAUUAA